AUUAAUCCUAAACCACACCGUAACCCCCCCAAACCAACAAAACAUCCCCCAAAGACCCAGUCCGGGGCUCAGUAACCCCUUCCUGACUAUCGCCGGGCCUCCGUUAUUUUGAUGCCCCACCAAAAACCCCGCCGAAGCUUUCCGUCACCAGUCCAGUCAACAUCCACCGCCGUCAUUCCCUUACCGACCUACAUUGUUGCUCCUCACGACUUCCCUUGCCCAUAUUAGAGCGUCGCGUCUCUUCCUUGCACCUUAUUCUAAUCUCCCACUCCACCGGUAAUCAAACCACUACAACAGUCGUUAUCUUCCCACCAUGUUGAUCAAAGUCCGUACCUUGACUGGAAAGGAGAUCGAGUUGGAUAUCGAGCCGGAUUACAAGGUGUCUCGGAUAAAGGAGCGCGUUGAAGAGAAGGAGGGCAUUCCGCCUGUCCAGCAGCGGUUGAUUUUCGGUGGAAAGCAGAUGGCCGACGAUAAGACCGCUUCAGAGUAUAACCUGGAAGGAGGUGCCACGCUACACUUGGUGCUUGCUCUUCGUGGUGGAUGCCUGUGAUCGGGUGUGGAAGAGAGAUGGUGAGAGAGAUCUGUAUUAUCUUUCAGGCCGGCAGUUUGAACGCUUCGUAGCGUUGUUAUGUGCAUGGCGCUUUUCAAUGGGGACGGGGUUUAAUGAGCUACUCCCAACGCAGUAAUGACAGUUUUCUUUUUUGGAAA